AUGCUGUUCCUUACAGGACUUUUCAUUCUGUGUGCACGUGUUCCUCGUCAAUAUCACUUCGUUAAUGAGUUAAAGAACUGGACUGAAGCACAGACAUACUGCAGAGAGCACUACACUGACCUGGCCACUAUUAACAACAAAGAGGACAUAGACGAACUGAUUAAAAGUGUUGACAUAAACAAUGAUGACAUACAGUUACAACAGGGUCAUGUUUGGAUAGGACUGCAGAGGGGAGACUCUGAAAAGUGGCUGUGGUCCUUGGAAGAGACAAAAUUCUUUAGAAAUGGAGAGAUGGAGUUUGAGAACUGGGUUGAAAGGAGUCCCGAUACGAAGGGUCAAAAUGAAGAUUGUGUGGAGAUGACACAUCAUGGAGACUGGAAUGCCCAGGACUGUGAAAAGACUUCUGCUUUCAUGUGUUAUGACGAGAGAAAGGUCAGCAGUGACAGAUACAUAUUGAUUAAUCAGGCCAAAACCUGGACAGAAGCUCAGAGCUACUGCAGAGAACAUCACACAGACCUGGUCAGUGUGAGGAACCAGACUGAGAAUAACAUGACAAAGAAUGAGAUGAUGGGUCACAACCCUGUCUGGAUUGGCCUGUUCAGACGUUCCUGGGUGUGGUCAGAUCAGAGUGGGUCAGUGUUCAAGAACUGGGCUGAAACUCAACCAGAUAACAAUCCAAAUGAGGACUGUGGUAUCAUAUGGGUGACUGGCGAGGAAUCGUACGAGAGACGAAUGGGGGACUGGUACUGUAACACCACUGAUAAGUUUGUCUGCCAUGAAAAUCAACUGAUCCUGAUCAGUGAGUCUCUGACCUGGAGUGAAGCUCUGAAUUACUGCAGAGAGCAUCAUGUGGACCUGGUCUCAGUUCACUCAGAGAAGAUUCAGAAGUGGGUGAUGAAGAGGGUUGAAAAGGCCUCCACUGCUCAUGUGUGGCUGGGCUUACGUUACAGCUGCACUCUGGGCUUCUGGUUUUGGGUGAGUGGAGAAUCUUCCUGUUACCAGAACUGGGCUCCAGGGAAUGGAACUGUGGUGGAGGAGUGUGUAAAUGAAGGAAGAACUGGAGCAGUUGAGACCAGAGGAGUCAAACAAUGGAUCAGCCUUCCUGAGAAUACCAGACUGAACUUUAUCUGCAGCAACUAUGAAGAAGACUGA